AAUAUAUUGGCUACAUUUCACACAAAAAUUUUCUUCAGACCCUUGUUUUCUUUGUUGUAUCUUGAAAGGAAAAGGAAAAGUUUCAUGUUCGGUCAUAAGCUAAACGAAAUCGCAGAUAGAAAUUGGCGAAACAUUUCAACCGAAAAAAAAGAUAACUCACAAAAAUGAAACUCAUAAAUCGAAGCGAAAUAUUUCGUGGGUCGGCAUUCAGAGCAUUGCGCUCAACUACAGAGCGAAAUAGUAGAAAGGAAAGGUAUAAAAGCUUUACCCUUUCUAAAAACACGUAAAUAGAAGCGCGUUCGUUUGGUUCGGCUUCGGCGGCGCACACACGCGCAGCACCUACGCUGGCCGCGAGCCUUACAUACGGGAAUAAACGACGUGAAAUGGGAAAAAAGUUAAAUAUGUAUGAGUGCGGGUAAAUAUAUAAAUCGGUAUAUAAAGCCGUUUAUAUAAAAUAGAUGUGAGCGCGCGACGGCGCUGCGCUCGCCUCAGUCGCGCGCGAGCCUCGGACCGGUGGCGGCGUGCUCUCUCGCUGAGCUCGCCAGACUCGCGACUUCGCGCCAGUUUCUCCCGGAACGAUGGCAAAUGAACAUCUCAUCUUUUAAAAAGUACUUCUAUGAGUAAAUUUCUUUAAAUACAGUGUUUUUGUGUUACGACUCAAGUUUUUCCGUCACGCGGUUGUUCGACGGAACUUUUCUCAACUUGAUAUACCAAGAUGAAGCCGAUACUGCUUAUAGCUACCAUACUGCUCGCGGCGGUCGCGCUGGGCCCCCAUUGUUCCUGCGCUGCCUCCACGGGGACCCCACCUCCACACAGACUAAAACGAUGCUGGCUCGUUAGGAUGACCUUUCAUUCCCAAGAGCAUCUACAGGAACAUCUCGCUGUAGACACCGAGCCGAACAUGUGGGUGACGGAAGGAAAGAAAAUACAUCUCGCUAGUUGCCACACGGAAAGACCAAUGAGUUCCUCUCCAGUCGCCGACACCUCAACUCCACGAGAGGACCCUGAAUAUUCCGUUUUUGCCCGGAUGGUGGAAGAGAUACAAAAAGAGGUCUACAAACUCAGUUUGAUAUACAUCAAGUGUGAAGCCUGGUUGGCGUGCAGACAGCCUCACGGAGACGAGACGGCUGAUGAAACUAUCGCGAUAUGUAAAUAUCUGUAUAAUGCUCCUGAAAUCACUUACCAAGAGGUUCGACGCUGUCUGAUACUGGAGAGUAAAUAUAAGAAUGAAACGACUCCUGAGCCCCAAACUGUCCGGGAAAAGCGGUCGUCAGAAUCUCGGCCAGAGCUGGUCUACACGUUCAUCGAGCAAGCUGUCCAGCCGGGGGCGCAGGUGGCGCUCAAGUGCUCCGCUGUCGGAGAACCGUUCCCUCGGUUCAGAUGGUCGCUCGACGGACAGCCGAUACCCGCGCACCUUGGGGCUAUUAUCGCGGAAGGCAGGGAGAAUGGUCCCAACGGACUCAGCUCCAGCAGCAACUAUGUGCUGUCGACCCUCACCCUGACGAGUGCCAGGGUGGAGCAUGGAGGAAGAUAUGAGUGCAGGGCUACCAACAACCAUGGAAGCGUCGCUCAUGCUGCCAGGCUGAAUGUCUAUGGUCCGCCCUACAUAAGGGCUAUGAAUCCUGUCAAGGCUGUCGCCGGCUCUGAAGUCACGAUCUGGUGCCCCUACUACGGAUUUCCUAUUGAUUCGGUGAAGUGGGAGGGUGGUGCUGGCGUGGACCCUCGUUACCAGCAGAUGGAUGGACAGCUCACCAUCACGAACGUGGACCGGAACCGGGACAAGGGAGGCUGGACUUGCUCCGUGCUCACUCCAGGAGGAGAACUUGCCAGACGAGAGGUUCAAGUGACUGUGGUAUCACCACCGGUGCUGUCGCCAAUAGUGUUCCCACCAGGCCUGAAAUCUGGAGACCGAGCCCAACUCACCUGCACCGUAACAUCUGGAGACAUGCCCGUGUACUUCUCCUGGCUCAAGAACAUGAUGCCGAUAUCUAGUUCCCUUCAGGUGGAUGAAAGAGGGGCAGAAUUUUACAGCAUGCUUUUAUUCAAAAGUUUGACAGCUGCCCACAGUGGCAUCUAUACUUGUGUCGUGACCAAUACCGCAGGCAAAGCUAACAUGUCUGCUGAGCUCGCCAUUAAAGUGCCGCCAUAUUGGCAAAUAGAGCCAUCUGAUACUGCCGUGCUACUGAACGGUUCUCUCACUGUAAGUUGUGAAGCAAGAGGACAUCCUUCACCCUCAAUAUAUUGGACCAAAUUUUCUGGUAGUACAGAAACCACGCUGGGAGGAGUCUCGGACCCUGUGGUACUCUCAAAUGGCUCUCUAAGAUUGGAAUCAGCACGCGCUGAACAUUCUGGAAAAUAUCGUUGCAGAGCUGACAACGGUGUAUCACCCGCUCUAUCUAAAGUACUUACAAUACAUAUCAACGAGCCAGCAAGAUUUGAAACGCAAUCAGCAAACGUUACUGCAAAGCUGGGGGAUACCGUGAGAUUGGCAUGUGUUGCUCGCGGCGACUCCCCGCUUGCAACGGCUUGGAGUCACUCAGGACGAGCGCUACCUAACUCCGACUACCGAAUGAGCAUAUCAGAAACUAGAAGUGCAGAAGGCUUACGAAGUGAAUUGGUGAUAGAACGAGCUGAUAGACGAGAUUCGGGAGUAUACCGUUGUCAAGCAUCUAAUCCAUAUGGAAGGUCUGAUCAUUUCGUGCAUUUGGCUGUUCAAGAACCUCCAGAACCACCAGCAAACUUCAGGGUCUUAGAGACCACAUCUCGUUCAGUUCGUCUCCAAUGGCGCAGACCGUACGAUGGAAAUUCUCCAGUAUUAGGAUACGUGGUACAGUACCGCAAACACGAUUCUUCCAACACAGACUCUUGGAGAGACGCGGAUACACAUAACGUUUCCGUAUCUGCUCACAACCCGGACUCAUAUUCUGAGACGGAAAGUGCAACAAUAACCGGAUUAGAGCCAGCGACAGCGUACUUGGUGCGAGCUAGGACAGUGACUGCACAGUUUGCGUCAGCGCACACGAGGGCUUUGUUAGCGUUGACGUUGCAUGAGCCACCGUCGAGAGCACCGAUCGGCUUACGAGCAUCAGCCCCGCGAUCCUCGACCAUUGAGCUAGCAUGGCAGGCUCCUCCGUCGUCUUCUUGGAAUGGGGAGCUUCUGGGUUACACGGUGUGGUGGUGGCCGUCAGCUGACGGGACUCUUGCUGGAGGAACUAAUGUGGGCAUGGAGUUCGCGACCGUUCGAGGUCAAAUAACAAAGUACAUUAUCGAAGGUCUGGAACAUUAUACACGGUACUCUGUAAGUGUAAGAGCAUUUAAUAGUGCUGGUGCUGGACCAGCCACGGCUCCUGUUAAUACGUUGACACAAGAAAGUGUGCCAUCAGAAGGACCUCGCGCGGUGCGAUGUCGGGCCGUUUCCCCUCAAAGUCUAAAGGUGGAAUGGUCUCCACCACCCGCGCACGCACAUCACGGCGCUUUACUAGGUUACAAACUACUCUACCGACCGGAGCAUACGGCAGAGUGGUUGGAGUGGGAAGUGCGUGGUAACAGCGGGUCCAGCACAGGAGCGGGAGCGGAGGUCAAGCGAGUAGCGGGGGUUGAAACUCUUUUACUAGCAUUGAGGCCUCAUUCUAAUUACACCGUGCAAGCGCUAGCGUACACAGCAGCCGGCGAUGGCGUGCCCGCUCAUCCCAUACAUUGUACCACACAGCAAGACGUUCCUGGGUCACCAGCUGCGGUCAAAGUUGUAGCAACAUCAGUCACAUCCCUGGCAGUUAGUUGGCUACCGCCGAGCAGACCGAAUGGUCCUCUGUUGUACUAUACAGUAUUUUACAGAGAAUUGGGCAGGGACAGGCCACCACAAACCACGACUGUUCAAGUUGAAGAUGGCGACUCUUUUGUCGGUCUCGGAGGAUCGACAGAGCUUAGGUCAUUAUCUGAAGGCGCUACUUACGAGGCAUGGGUGUCGGCACACUCUGCUGCAGGAGAAGGUGAACCUUCUGCACCACAACCUGCUACUACGACAUCAAGAGCUCGAGCAAGACUCCUAUCGUUUGGAGUGUGGGCACGAGUGCAAUGCGGUCACUCCCUCCGCUUGGCCUGUGCAUGGCGAGGAGAGCCAGCGCCGCGAGCUCGCUGGCUGCGUGGGGACCGGCCCGUCACUCAUGAUCCCCGCACACAUCUGACGCCACACGGGCAUCUGGCUAUACAUGAAGUGGAUGCAUCGACAAGUGGAAACUACACAUGCUCAGCGCGGAACACGUUUGGGUCAGAAGAAGUGACGUAUCGGGUGGAAUGCGCGGCGCCGCCGGCCGCUCCUACGCUGAGCUUGGACCACGCCGCACACACUGACGCCAGGCUUACUUGGAGAACCACACAUCAUCCCGCUGCACCGCCACAUGGCUUCACAAUCUGGUGGGUUCGUGUCCGGGACGACACUGGAGAUCUGGAGUCUAUCAGCAGUCGAUCGGAGGAGGAGAGAAGACUAGAGACUGGAGGGGAGGCAGCUAGUGUUGUCUUGAGGGCCCUGUCCUGUGGAGCGAGCUAUUCUGUACGAGCAGUGGCUCAUUCGAGAGCUGGCUCCUCGCCGCCAUCAGUUCCGCUGAUGGUCAAAACGAAACCUCCAGUGCUGGUAUGGGAAGGCGGAGGGGAAGACAGGCUGGAAGAGGGUGCUGAAGCGGCAGUAUGGAGCAACAGCAGUGCUCUAGCGUUAGACGCGCGCCGUGCGGUGCGCUGCGGGGCCAGGCUGGUGCGACUGCAGUGGCGGCGAGCUGACGCAGCCAGUGCUACAGUCUGGAGAGACGCUGACUUGACGUCACUGCAUCAUCAUCGCGAGGUGGUGCUGGGAGACCUCGGUGCUGGCGCGUGGUAUGCGCUGCGACUGUGGACCGCUACGGAAUCCGCGCGACACCAAGCCAUUAUUUACGCUGCCACCACUACACAUUCCGGAGAACGCCUGCGCCGUCCCGUGGCGUUCCAAUCUGAAGGGGGUCAGAUCAGCACGCCGAGCGGGAACGCGGACACGGAGCGCGUGCUCGGCGCCGUCUCGCUCGCGUUUGCUGCUCUCGCCGCGCUCGCCGUCACCGCGUUGCUGCUCGUGCUCGUCGCGAAACGAACCACUUUAUGGCCAUGUGGAGGGGCCGACGAAGAGGCCCGGCGCUGCAGCCACUCGGUGGCCAGCACCGACAAGUCCGUGUGCCCUGAACAGCAGAACAUCAGGAACUGCCAGCACGACUACAAACAUGACAAGCUGUCGCCUGCCUCGGACGUGUACGAGAUAAGUCCUUACGCAACGUUCGCGGUGGGCGGCGAGGCGGCGGCGGCAACCCUGGACCAUACGCUACAGUUCCGCACGUUUGGGCACCGCGACAACGACGCGCCACCGCACCGGCCCUGCAGAAAGCAUCCACAGCGACACCGGGAAAGAGCUGAGGUGGAGAAGCACCUCUCGGAGUGCGAGCUGCAGCAGCUGAGCCGCUACGAGAAGGUGCGCCCGCGACACUGUGCCCCGACCUCGUACUGCGUGCCGCUAGCACACCACGGCAGCGGAGGCGGGAGCGGUAGCGGGGGUGGCUGCGGAAGCGGGGGCGGGCUCUCCGAAGUGUACGCCGGCGACUCGAGCGCCGAGUCCGGCCCUGGGUCCCUGUCCCCGCGCACCCACCACGAGCACAGCUAGCGCGCCACCAUAGCGCGCGCACACCCUCGCCCAGGCCUUCACAACCAUAUCGUAACACUCACAGCUGAUUACGGAGCUGUACGAAACACCUCGAUACUUUAACCUCUUCAUUUUAAACUUGGUGUUCAAGUAACGUAGAUUACCUUUUUA